UGACCACCUGCAACUGAAUUGUGGAAGGUUUUGCUCCGCCUUCCAGAAAAGCCGUUAGCUUAAGCAGCAUCAGCAACCCCAAGGAAGGAGGCCGCUAGCUAUCAUGUCUGCGUAGAUGCCUGUGACACACCGAUACCAAACCAGCUGCAGGCUCUUGAGAUUAGUUUGCGCGUGUAAGGGUAAACCCCACUGCUCGAACCACCUAGUCAUCUUGCAGGGCUGGUCAUGGGACUGCAGAGGGAAAAGCAGCACCCAACGGGGGACGGGAAGCUCCAGGCACAGACCCCACUGCUGAUGCAGACCUUCCCAGCCAAAAGUUCUGUCGGGUCUCUGCCAAGAGUUGGCUGGAGGGGCCAAUUGCUACAUUCCUAUUGCUGUAAUGAUUGCAAUUUGGCAGCAUCCAGGGUGUUGUACCGGGAACGGGAGGGGGAGGCGACGGGGCGCCUCUUUGCUAAAUGCAACGCCGAAAGGACAGAAGGAUGAAUUUAUUGUACCCAGCGGUCCCCAGCUGGAAGGAAAGUCAAGGGGCAUUAAAGCUCCGGGAGACGCUGUAACUCCAGCUGUGCUCGCAAAGCUUUGCUUCUCACGAAGAGCCGGGGCCGAGGCGGGCCACGCGCAGGGGAUGCGGCGUGGGGCGAGGGUUAUGACUCAUCGAUCUUGAAAAAAAGGACUUUUCCAAAUACUUUGCACUUUUGAUUGUGUAGUAUGGAUACCAAGGAAGAGAAGAAGGAACGGAAACAAAGUUAUUUUGCUCGAUUGAAAAAGAAAAAACAAGCCAAACAAAAUGCAGAAACAGCCUCAGCUAUAGCUACAAGGACUCAUACGGGGAAAGAAGAUGUUAAUACCGUCAUUUUACAGCAAGACAAACGCAACAAUGCUGUGGAAGCAGAAUAUGUUACUGAUGAGAAGAAAAAGAGAAAAACUAACCAGUUAAAAGAGAUCAGACGUACAGAGCUAAAGAGAUAUUACAGUAUGGAUGACAAUCAAAACAAAACACAUGAUAAAAAAGAGAAGAAGAUGGUGGUUCAGAAGCCCCAUGGUACCAUGGAAUACACAGCGGGAAGCCAGGAUACCCUAAACUCCAUAGCACUGAAGUUUAACAUCACUCCCAAUAAAUUAGUGGAACUGAAUAAACUCUUUACACAUACUAUUGUUCCAGGCCAGGUCCUUUUUGUGCCAGAUGCCAACUAUCCUUCCAGUACCUUAAGGCUGUCAUCGUCCAGUCCUGGUGCUACUGUCUCUCCCUCAUCGUCAGAUGCCGAAUAUGACAAACUGCCUGAUGCUGACUUAGCACGAAAGGCCUUGAAACCCAUCGAAAGAGUCUUAUCAUCUACUUCUGAAGAAGAUGAGCCAGGUGUGGUGAAAUUUUUAAAAAUGAACUGUCGAUACUUCACUGAUGGAAAGGGUGUGGUUGGAGGCGUCAUGAUUGUCACUCCGAAUAACAUCAUGUUUGACCCUCAUAAGUCCGAUCCCUUGGUUAUCGAAAAUGGGUGUGAGGAGUAUGGCCUCAUCUGCCCCAUGGAAGAGGUUGUUUCCAUCGCCCUCUACAAUGACAUUUCUCACAUGAAGAUUAAAGACGCCUUGCCAUCUGACCUACCUCAGGAUCUUUGUCCUCUGUACAGGCCUGGAGAAUGGGAAGACCUGGCUUCAGAAAAGGACAUCAACCCAUUCAGCAAGUUCAAAUCCAUCAACAAGGAAAGACGACAGCAGAGUGGCGAGAGAACCAUUACUUUGGAUUCCAAAUCAACAGGGCCUUUGGAGAAAUUGACAGAACACACACAUAUGAAGCCCUCAGGCAGCUCUGUGUCAGAAAAAUUAAGGAAACUGGAAUCUUCCAGGGAGACAGCCAGUGACUCUUCCACAGUGACUAAGCUCAACAAGGGACCUUCUGAUACUCACUUUGCAUUUGAAUCUUUAGCCAAAGAAAACUCUCUUUUAGGGGAAGAUGAUGACUUCGUGGACUUAGAAGAACUUCCUUCUCAACCUGAUAGUGGAAUGGACAAAAGAGACCCCUCGAAGGAGUGCCUUUUUCUCAACUCAGAAGAGCGGAAGAAGGCUGAGUCACAGAGAAUCAAUUCUGCUAUGGAAAAGCAGGUGCAGUCAACCUUGAACUUUUCAGAAGCAGGGAAUGAUGCUGAACUGAAGGGGGCCCUAGAUUUAGAAACCUGUGAAAAGCAAGAUAUAAUGCCAGAAGUGGACAAACAAUCUGGAUCCCCAGACAGCCAGGUGGAAAACACCCUGAACAUACAUGAAGAUCUAGAUAAAGUUAAACUUAUUGAAUAUUACCUUCAUAAGAACAAAGAAGGGUUGCAGUUAUCUGAAAAUUUGCAGAAGGCAGAAUUAAGUGAUGGCAAAAGUAUUGAACCGGUGGGAAUAGACAUCACCCUUAGUAGUUCUUUUCCUCAAGCAGGCGAUCCCUCAACUGAGGGCAAUAAAGAACCAGAUAAAACCUGGGUGAAAGAGAGAGAGCCCCUUCCAAUGAAAAUGGACCCUUCUACGGAAGAAAGCAUGAUUAAAGAGCCUCUAGACCCCUCUCUGGAAUCAACUCUGGGCAACAGCCUUGAAGGCACACAAACAGAUAAUAAAUCUGAAAUUCAGUUAUGGCUAUUAAAGAGAAUUCAGGUACCCAUUGAAGACAUGCUUCCUUCAAAAGAAGAAAAAAGCAAGACCCCACCCAUGUUCCUGUGCAUCAAAGUGGGAAAACCAAUGAGAAAAUCCUUUGCCACUCACACCACAGCCAUGGUCCAACAGUAUGGCAAACGAAGGAAGCAGCCGGAGUACUGGUUUGCAGUUCCUCGGGAGAGGGUGGAUCAUUUGUACACGUUCUUUGUUCAGUGGUCUCCUGAUGUCUAUGGGAAAGAUGCCAAAGAGCAAGGCUUUGUGGUGGUGGAAAAGGAAGAACUGAAUAUGAUUGACAACUUCUUCAGUGAGCCGACGACCAAGAGCUGGGAGAUCAUCACCGUCGAGGAGGCAAAGCGCAGGAAGAGCACGUGCAGCUACUGUGACGAGGAGGAGGAGGAGGCGCUGCCAAUUCUGCAGCCCCACAGUGCGCUCCUGGAGAACAUGCACAUAGAGCAGCUGGCCCGCCGCCUUCCAGCAAGAGUGCAAGGGUAUCCAUGGAGACUGGCCUACAGCACAUUAGAGCACGGGACCAGCUUGAAAACACUCUAUCGAAAAUCGGCAUCACUAGACAGUCCUGUCCUAUUGGUCAUCAAAGAUAUGGAUAAUCAGAUUUUUGGAGCAUAUGCAACUCAUCCUUUCAAGUUCAGUGAUCACUAUUAUGGCACAGGAGAAACUUUUCUCUACACAUUUAGCCCUAAUUUCAAGGUCUUUAAGUGGAGUGGAGAAAACUCAUAUUUUAUCAAUGGAGACAUAAGUUCUCUAGAACUUGGUGGUGGAGGAGGACGAUUUGGUUUAUGGCUAGAUGCUGAUUUAUACCAUGGACGAAGCAAUUCUUGCAGCACUUUCAAUAAUGAUAUUCUUUCCAAAAAGGAAGACUUCAUAGUUCAGGACUUAGAGGUAUGGACAUUUGAGUGACAUUCAGACUGCCUUAAAAUACAACAUUAAAAAGACUGGGUUAGAUCAGCCCUCCUAACGCUGGCUGGAAGAAGUCCCAGCUGAGGCUGCCUCGUACCACCCUAAUGCUUUCCUUUCUGCCAUCAUCUCGAGCGCCAUCGCCUUGCAGAAAGACUCCAGAAAGUACACGUGCAGGGCAGGCACUAAAGAAAGAAGUUCCAAGUCUACAUUGUUGAAAGACUUUGUAUGUACUGCUACUUCCUUCAAGUCCACACAGUGAGGAAUCGGAGUGUUUAUAGAUGUAUGAGUUGAAUGCAAUUUUUAUUUUUGGUAACUGUGAAAAAAGAUACUGUGGAAAUAUAUACAUGCCUUGUGUAUUUAUCGGCAUAAUUUUCAUUACCAAAAUGUAUAGUUAUUGUUUGCCAUUGUUUAGAAAACAGGUUAGCCUUGUUUAGAAAAAUUGAAAGUGCACAGCACUUCAAAGGGAAUAUAUGAUUUUUUUAAACUUUUAUUUAUUAUUUCUAGUACAUUGUCUGAAAUAUGUUGGCAGUUUUUUUUUCUUUUAUUGUGUCAAAUCUUGAAAUACAGAAAUGUAUACAUUUUGUGCUGUGUUUUGGAAACAAAUCCAUUUGCUUUAUAUAGUUUUAUAUUGUCUUUUUUUUUUUUUUUUGCCCUGAUUGUUUAGGGUGAUAAGUCUUAAGCAGCAUAUAUAUAUAUAUAUAUAUGUGUGUGUGUGUGUGUGAGUGUGUGUAUGUAUAUGUGUAUAUACAUAUAUAUGAGUGUAUAAUUCUGAAUUUUUAAAAACUCAUCACUAAUAUUGAUUUGACUAUUAUAGGCCAUCUUUCCAUUUAGUCAUUAAAAGGUACAUUUUCAGUUACCCUAAACAUAUUUGUGUAAAGAAGAAUAUACAAUUUCUUAUAAUCUUAAGUUGAUAUUUACAGAAAUGGAUACCUUUAUGAAACUAGACUUAUGAAAAAACCCUGCUUUUGAAACGAAAAUGUUUUGCUUCUUAUAAAAUGAUGUGUGUUAAUAACAGAAACUUUAUUUUCAUAGUGUUUUUUGCAUAACUUUCCCAAGCUUUUACAGCAGGCCUCUGUUUCCAAAAGGGACUGAGUGUUUUAAUUUCUAUGUUUUUAAAAAAUCAGAUGAAAAAUGUCAAAUUAGACCAAUUGUCUUGGUUUUUAGACUUGUUUGAGAAAAAAAAACAAUGCAAAGAAAUUCAUUCAUACCAAAAUUGGAAUAAAAAAGAAAAUCUAUUUUUUAAAUAACCCAUUUUCACAUCAUAAAACAUGUUCUAUUAGAAACAAUAAUAAGGCCUUGUUAAAAAAUUUAAACAAUAUUAUUGAUUGCCAGAUUUUUACGAAAGCCAAAGACUGCUAGCGGAAAAAAACUUCAAAUAAUAGCCAAAGCUGAGAUGUGGUCUAUCAUAAAUUACUUCCUCAAUAAUCUUUAAAAGGAAAAAAGUUUUUUAAAGUACUUAAGUAUCUGCAUUUUAAAAUAAUUCUUAGAAUAUUUCCUUUAGAUUAUUCUCCUUGUGUAGACUAUUGGUAAAAGCCUAACAUUGUCUGGUGGCCUCCUGUCAGACCCACAAUUAUUAUAAUCUAUUCACAUUCCAUACAAGUUUAAAUGAAUGCUAUAAAAUUUUAAAUCUAUAACCUGGGUGUACUUUUCACCCAACUUCUCCUCCUGAGAACUUUUGAUUAACAGCAUAUUAGCAGUUUCACCUUGCUCAUUAAGUAAUCUUUUGGUGUCAGAUACCAGGAAUGUCUCAAGAUGAUCACAUUUACCAUUUGCGCCAUUUGUAGCCAUACGCUAUUAAUAAAGUGAUCAUUUUGCGUAUAGUUCACUCUGACCUAGUUUAGUCCAUGCUACUUUACUUGUGAGAGCAUAUCCAGAUGCUGUGUUUUCUCUAUUUAAAACAGUAUUGUCCAAUCAGAAAUGUGGAUUUAUGAAUACUGACUAUAUGUAAUGCAGUGCUAACCCAAUAUUUUCAAUAAAGGAAUUUAUGCAUUCAGUG